AUGCCCCUGUUUUCCGCCCCGCUCCACCGGAGCCUUGUCGACUUUUCCACCAUUUCGCUCAUGUCUGGCCUCACCUUCGACUCAGAUACGCAUGGUGGCUCCCAUGACUCCCAUGACUCCAGAUACACCAGAUACGGAUACACCGACCGAACGAAAACGAGUGCGCCGCUGGCACCACCGAGGCUUCACCGGCUGUUCAACAUGCCGCCGCCGUCACGGAAGGAUGACCUUCAAGGUCUAUGGGCCUACCUCAGAAUCCCCGCCAGAGCCAUCGGCCCCGAAACGACGGAAGAAGAUUACGAAUACCUCAAUACCCAGCCCGGAGUCUGGGUCGAGCGACACGUCUACAUCAUCUCACCCACCGUGACUGCACGGCGGACCAAGUUUCGCUUCCAGGAGCCCAUCACGUCGACCAGCAUCGCCACGUCUAUCCAGCGCGCCGACGAACGAUACUUUACACACUUCAUCGAUCAGGUCUCCACCCUCCUGAUCAUCUACGACAACCACAACACAGUCAAUCCAUACCGCGCAUAUUUCCCGGACUUUGCUCGGUCAUCGCCGACAAUGAUAAAUGCCAUGCAGGCAUUGGGCGCAUUACAUCUUGCGAAUACAGCAACAGGAACACAGCGGAACAAACAUUUUCAACAAGCGAUGGGAAAAUACGGGACAGUGGUGAAGGGAUUCCGUGCUCGAUACGUAGAUCCUUGCCAGCAGCUAGGUCUGACUGAUUUCGCCACGUGCUUGUUAUUAUGUCUAUUCGAGAUGAUGGACUCCCAGCACCAGAAUUGGGCUGUACAUCUCAAAGGCGCGCGCGAGAUCUACAAUCUACUUUUCUACCCACAUACCGGAGAUUCAAGACGCGAAGUCCAACGCGUCGCUGACACAAACCACCCACUCCGCUCAUUCCUCGUUUCUUUGCUCUCAUACCUCGACGUGGCUGGCGCGUGCGCAACCCCAGGUGGCACAGUGGUCGAAGGUAGUUAUUGGAAGACCAUGGGAGGAGGAUGGGAAUAUAACCUCGGUACCCCAAGCCUGUCUACCACAAUACCGGAUAAUCCACGUCUCGUUGAACUACGAGAAGCAUGGUCCAGCCUGAUGGAAAUCCAGGCGACAAUUAGCACAUUUGCACAAGAUAAGAAGACGUGGAUGACGAAUGACCAGUCUGACAUGAUGUACAAAGAUAUUUUCAACAAGCUUGUGAUGUGGCGGGCGGAGACACCCGUCUCUUUGCAGCUGGUGGGUGAUCUGGAUGAUGAGAGUAUUGCUGAAUAUCCGUAUCCCGAUGUUCUGGAGUAUGCUGGGUGUAUUGAAGCAUAUGAGAAGGCGACUUUCGUCUACCUGCACCAGAUUGCUGGGGCUGGCCGUGUUCGUUGGAUUACUGAUUACACCUAUUUGGAUAUGUUAGUUAGCCGCAUCGUCAUGUUGAUUUGCAGGCUAUCCAAGGGUGUUGGGCAGUUGGCUGUUUUGUGGCCGCUUUUCAUUGCUGGACAGGAGACUCGCAAUGAAGAUGAGCAGAAGUAUGUGCGCCAGACUAUGCAUGAGUUGAAGCGGUUUGGUUUCAAGAAUGUCGACAAAGGCCUCGAGGUCCUAGAAGACAUCUGGCUCAAGCGACGCUCCUUUCCAAAUGGGUGGAUCAAGACUUUGGAUGAAGUCCAGCCGAACAUUCUUCUUCCUUGA